AUGCCCGCCAAAUCCACCAUGUUCACAUCAGCCUGCAGAAGCGCCGCCCGCUCGAGCGCAUCAAGGACGAUUGCCACAGCACCAAUCCGCAGAAGCCUGCAUCGCCUGGCAACACCCUCAUCUCUCACAUCGACCGCCACCAGAUACCGUCCGAGUGCGCCUUCACUCAAGCCUGCUCACUCUCGAUUCCCCACCGGCAUUCGCUCCAUCUUCAUUCAGACUGAGGACACACCUAACGCCGACGCAUUGAAGUUCAUCCCCAACUCUCGCAUCUUACCUGAGAACUUUCAAUCAUCCUUCCUCGAGUACUUGUCGCCUCGCUCAACACUUGCGCCUCCUCACCCAUCGCCUCUCGCCGCUCAGCUGCUGAACGUAGAUGGCGUUUCGUCAGUCUUCUACGGCCCCGACUACAUUACCGUCACAAAAGACUCCGCCACCCCAUGGCCACACGUCAAGCCCGAAGUCUUCGCUCUGAUCACCGAGGCUGUGACAUCUGGACAACCUCUCGUAAACACAGUUGCCGGAAAGAAUGGUGAAGAGCAAGCAGUCGAGAAGGACUCUUUAGAAUACGAUGAGAAUGACAGCGAGGUGGUCAGCAUGAUCAAGGAAUUGCUCGAGACUCGUAUUCGCCCAGCCAUCCAGGAAGAUGGUGGUGACAUUGAGUUCAGAGGAUUUGUUGAUGGCCAGGUUCUGUUGAAGCUGCGCGGUGCUUGCAGAACUUGCGAUUCGAGCACAGUGACCUUGAAGAAUGGCAUUGAGAGCAUGCUCAUGCAUUACAUUGGUGUCCAACAAGUGCUGGACGAAGAAGAGGAGGUCGCUCUCCGUGAGUUUGCCAAGUUCGAGGAAAAGCUCAAGGCACAAAAGGGUGAGGUUCCCGCCGGCACAAGUGGCAAGGGUUCUCUUGACACUGUCGAGUAG